UAAAAGGCAGCCCAACUCCCUGCUCUCUCAUCCACUUCUCUCGCUUCCUCUCCUUGGGAACCAGGUGCACUUCCAGCCCCAAGCCAUGUCCUGCUCCGACCAGUGCUGUCCCUGUGGCCCCUGCCAGCCCUGCGGCCCGUGCCCGCUGGCCAGCAGCUGCAAUGAAUGCUGUUGCAGGCAGUGCCAGGACUCCGUUGUGGUCAUCGAGCCCUCUCCCGUGGUGGUGACCCUGCCCGGACCCAUCCUCAGCUCCUUCCCUCAGAACACCGCCGUGGGAAACUCCACCUCCGCUGCUAUUGGCAACAUCCUCAGCUCUAACGGAGUGUCCAUCUCCUCCGGGGGUCUUGACCUCUCCUGCAUCACCAGCUGCUACUGUGGCACCAGAUGUCGGCCCUGCUAAAUCUGCUGGCAACCUACCUGACAAGAACCUCUGAAGACCUUACAACGUGAUGCUGGACAGGAGAUAGAGCUUGAAGGCAAUACCUUCAGAGCUUCAGGCCUCUGUUUCAUCCUUCCACUCUCUUCUCUCUCUUUCUUUGAUGUCACCAUGUCCCAGUGCCAGCCUAUUGGACACCUGUUGGCCUCCCUGCCUCUUCAGGGCAGGCAGACAGACACUCUGCAGGAGCUCCAUGGAGUCUUCAUGGCUGUCUGUGGAGAUCCCUGUGAGCCAACUCCUUUUCUUCUUUAGACUCAUUAAAGUUUUGCUGCAUCCAAGA